AUGGGUUUAAAAAAGCAUAAAAAGCACAAAUCAGAAAAACGAGAUAGAAGUGAAGAGUUUUCAAGUAGUGAAAGACCGCCAGGUUUAAAAAUUAUAUUAAAAGUUGGUGGAAAUAUUUCAACUCCAGAACAUAGUAAUGAUUCUUUAUCUCCUAUGACCUUUGGAAGUAUUCAAAGCAGUAAAACAUGCUUGACUCAGGGGGAAGAUGAAUCUUUAUCAUUAGCUUCGAUAACUUCUGGGUCUCACAGCGAAAGACACAAAAAAAUUAAAAAGAAAAAAAAAAAGAAAGAAAGAGAAAAAAAUAAAGAAAAACAUGAAAAAAAACACAAACAUAGGCACAAGGAGAAAAAAAAAAGAACUCAUGAUGAAUCAACUUUAGACGAAUUAAAGCAACCUUUAAUAAAAUCAAUUUCUCCGAGACCUCCCAUGAGUCCUCGUUCAGAAGCCAGAGAACAAAGAACUUGUGUUGUGAGGCAAAAAUUAGAACACACUCCAUUAUCUAAAUUGCUCGAUUAUUUAUUAAAACUUUUAGAAAAAAAAGAUCCUCAGCAAUUUUUCGCAUGGCCAGUCACUGACAGUUUCGCACCAGGUUAUUCUAAUAUAAUAACACAACCUAUGGAUUUUAGCACCAUCAAACAAAAAAUAGACGAUCAUUUGUAUUCCACUUUAUCCGACUUUAUCGGCGAUUUUAAAUUAAUGUGUAACAAUGCAAUGACUUACAAUCAUCAGGACACCAUUUAUUACAAAGCAGCCAGAAAACUUCUACACCAUGGAAUGAAAAUUUUGUCUCCGGAAAAAAUAAAACCUUUGAGAUCUGUACUUCCUUUCAUGUCUGACAUUACAUCGGAGCAAGUUGGUUUUGAUAUCAGUCCCGAAGAUGAAUCUGAACCUGAAAUAUUAGAAGAUGAUUUAGAAAAUGAACAGGUUGAUGAAAAGAUCAAAUCGAAAGAACCUAAAGAAAUGCCAAAGACGAAAUUUGAAGCGAUACCGGAUUAUUUGACUCCUUCACAAAUUGCAAAACAAGUUCAAAAUGCAGCCAAAGAAGCUGCGAGAAAAUUGGCCAAAGGUAAAUCUGGAUGCAUGGGAUUUUUAAGGCAGAAAAAGGAUAACACGACAACUUUAAACAUAAUAGUUCCAAACGACGGCGUCAUUCCCGGUACAAACGAACGUCCCGUUUUGCUGGGAUCCCUCAUUGGUAAAUUGCAACACGGAACAGGUCAACUUCAAGGCUUUAAAGAAGACAGGAGAAAUUUAGUAAAAGCUGUUAAGCCGUUAUAUUACGGAGCGUUUGGUUCGUAUGCACCGUCGUACGAUUCCACUUUUGCCAACUUAACAAAAGAAGAAUCGGAUUUAGUUUAUCAAACGUAUGGGGAUGAAACAUCCGUUCAGUACGCAGAAAGCAUUUUAGAUUUUGCCAAGGAUUGCGAUUAUGCUUUAACCAUGGUCGAUAAUUUGUUGGAUUUAAUGACGGGAGGAGAUCAUAGACGAACGAAACGCGUUCUAGAAGACAGACGUCGAUUAAAAGAAGAAGAAGAAAGAAUAAGACAAUUGAUGGAACCUCCCGCCCCUCAAACUCCGCCUAACGUAAACGUGGAUUUUAAAAGUCUCAGAACUUUAUCCGAACUCGGGAUAGAUACAUCUUUUCUGGAUGCUUUUGAAAAUGAAGGAAAAAGAAAACAAGAAUUACCUGGGGUUGAUGACGUAAUGCAAGAUCGUUUGGACGACACGUGUAAUUUAAUACAAAAAUUACACAAAGUGCAAAACGAGCGUUUGAGUCAACCGCCUCCGCCCCAUUUGGCACACAUACCGGGACCCUCGGAAACGGAAAUAGAUUUAGCGGAUAAAGUAACGGACAAUUUAUCGGAAAUGAGUAAACGCUUACCGCCGGAAGCUAUAGCACCCGUCGCGAGCGUUAGAAAAGCUCUCGGAGUGGCUGCCAUCGUGCAAGAACCUCCCGUUCCAGAUCUGGAAUCCGAACUGAGAGAGUUUCUGGAGAGUCAGUCUGCAUUAUCCGUCGAUCAUUCUCCUCUUCACGAUGAUAAAACCAUCGAAGAGAUUUUAUCCGAAUCCUGA